GUUAUUCAGGAAAACAUGGCGGCGUCCAAGAUCUCGACAGAUCGGAACACAAACAUCCCAGAUUAUGAAUACACCGAUGUGAACACCAAACCCUUUCACAUCGGCUCCUUCAGGAACGAGUGGCUGAACAGACUGAAGCCGAGCAACUACUCCUUCCAGCGGGAGGACGAGGACGCGUUUGACGCUAAAUUCGCGAAAGACAUGGGGAUCGGUGCGGAGACCCUGGCUGAACUCAAAACCAUCUGCAGUCUUGAUUCACUCCGUUGCCACCCUGAGGAUCAGGAGCCGGAUACAGAUGUUGUACCUCCAGAUCCAACACUGCAAACACUAAUACAAAGAAAGAAGAGACAAGAUUACAAAUCUUCUCUGAAGCUCAGCAAGAAUAGACACGACCUCUACGCAGAUGAACUGGAGCGUUUAACUUUCGGUAGGAGACCAGAAGCAGUGGCUGACAUGAUCCCAGAAGGAGAGAUUAUUCUAACCAUCAACGUCUACUACCCGGCUAUUAUUGAGAAAUUCAACUACGUCAGACCCCACAUGACUGUGCUGAUGACGGGCUCCCACAGCUUGGCAGAGCUCAGAGAUGCCAUCUGCUGUGUCAGCGACUUGCAAGUGUGCGGAGAGUUCAGCAACACGCCGGACAUGGCUCCAGACUUCAUCAGCAAAGAUCAUUACAAGUCAGCUUUCUUUUUCUUCGAAGGAGUUUUCUACAACGACAUGCGAUUCCCAGAGUGCCAAGACAUCAGCAUGACAACCAUAGAAUGGACAAAGGCCUACAACUUCCCACCCUACAGACAGGCCAAGAUGGAGGACACACGAUUCGAGGAUCUGACAGUUAAAGUGGGCUUCCCGUACCUCUACUGUCAUCAGGGAGACUGCGAACAUCUCGUCAUCAUUACAGACGUCAGACUGACCCAUAAGAACGACUGCCUGGACAAGAAGCUGUAUCCACUUCUCACACACAAGCACAGGGUGGCCACACAGAAGUGUUCCGUUUGCCACGUCUACAUUGGCAGAUGGUUUACUACCAAUGACCAGUUUGCUCCAAGCGACCCGUGUCUCUUCUGUGACAAGUGCUUCCGGAUGCUGCACUACGAUGCUCAAGGCAACAAGCUGGGAGAUUUCCUGGCCUAUCCCUAUGUGGACCGAGGUGCAUUUAACUAACGGAACUGCUCAAAUAACUGAUUUAAUGCUGUAUAAUACAGUUAAAUGUUUUAUAUUUCAGAAAGAAAUGUUUUGACAUUUUGGAACUUUAUAUUUCCUUUUAAAAAGUAAAACUUUGUGUUUCGAUUAUACAGACCAUCUUGUUUGAAAUAAAUGGUAACAUUUACU